AUGAUGAAAAAGUUCGGACCAGAAGAUAUUUCCAGCCAGACUAUCAUGAAGUCAUCCAUGCAAAGGGCUGUUCGAACACAGAUUCUACAAGAAUAUCCGCGGUUAGAACCUGUUAUGGAGGAAAUCUGGCCAAAAAAGGCGUCACCCGUUCUUCUGAAGUGCCAAAAUCACAUCAAUAUCGUGGCAUUGAACGGCAAACCGCUUUUCUUUCAGCACAGAGAUCGCCAGUGGGUGCCUACACUGCGACUACUUCACGAAUACCCAUCCAUGAUGCCGAAGAUGCAGGUCGAUAGAGGAGCCGUGAAGUUUGUUCUUCGGGGUUCAAAUGUAAUGUGUCAGGGCCUGACCUCUCCUGGAGGCAGAAUGCAGGUGGUGCCUGCAAAUGCUGUCGUGCAAAUUGCUGUAGAGGGGAAGCAGCACAGCUGCGCAAUCGGAGUUACGACCAUCUCUACGGAGGAAAUUCGCCGCGAGAACAAGGGUCCUUGCAUUGAAACCUUGACUUCGCUGGGGGAUGGUUUGUGGACAUACGAGCUCACCGUGUAG